GAGGUCACACGCUGGCGUUGCACCCGGCGAAGCGGGAAAGGAGAAGGCUAUCCUGUUUGAGAGCGAACGUCGCUCUCCUUCAGCCUCUCACUGUGGCGAGGUCCCUCAGCAACAGAUUUCAAGACCAACACAGACUCAGAAGAGUGGGUACAUCAAUUGCACAACCUAAUCCAGAUACUCUGGCAGCGUCCCAGAAGGAGUCAUACAGCUGAAGUAUAAAUGUCUUCAUGAACAAUUUAGUCCCAGAGUCCUGUAAUUGGGAAUAUCCUGAAAGAAAACUUAAUGCAGCUAAAGCAGUGUAAAAUGAUUGUUGGCCUUGGAUUAGGAUCUAACACUGAAGAGGGGUUUCUUCUGCAAAUGAUAGGAGUGUUAAAUGAGAUACCACUGGUAAACUAGUAACAGCACAAUAAACAUUAGCUUCUAUUAUUUCUGGAGAAGGAAAAGGCUACCCACUCCACUAUUCUGGCCUGGAGAAUUCCAUGGACUGUAUAGUCAAUGGGGUUGCAAAGAGUCAGACAUGACUAAGCAACUUUUACUUUCACUUUCUAUUAUUAUUUACGUAAACAUAAUUGCAUUAGAGUGUAUGUACAGAAUUCUCUGUAAACGUGUAGGCUGUAACAGUUAUUCUCAAUACUAAUUUGUACACAUCUUUUCACUUUUUAUACAAGUAGAGCUACUACAAAAAUGAACGGUUACAUUCAGACUAAUAAAGUAGUAGUAACUUAAAAGGAAAAGAAUAUAGUAAGAGCUGCUUUAGAAAAUCAUGUUCUAUGUAUUUCACUGGAAGUGGAAAUUAAUCCUUUUUUUUUUUAAACCAGGAAACUGAUAAUUCUAGGAACCUUUCAUUCGUGAAUUUUGGUCCCCAGCCGGAUGUUAGUCAGUAGAGGACCUAGGCAGCCGCACACGUUGGCUGAGGGGAGUGGGGGUGGGAUUGGCCUACGCACCACGAAGGAGUCAUCCCGGAAGUAGUUAUUGGCCGUCUCCAUGCGCCGGUUCCUGGACCUCGUAGAGCCAAGGCGCGAGGCUCGGACAGAGAGGUAGAGCUGGAGGGACUCUAAGCGCCCUCCUCCUGGGACGCGAGCCGCUGCGCCCGCGGGGCUGGCUCCGGCGUCAUCAUGCUGCUCCUGCCAAGCGCUGCAGACGGCCAGGGCACCGCCAUCACCCACGCUCUGACCUCUGCCUCAACACUCUGUCAAGUUGAACCUGUGGGAAGAUGGUUUGAAGCUUUUGUUAAGAGGAGAAACAGAAAUGCUUCUGCCUCUUUUCAGGAACUGGAGGAUAAGAAAGAGUUAUCAGAGGAAUCGGAAGAUGAAGAAUUGCAGUUAGAAGAGUUUCCCAUGCUGAAAACACUUGAUCCCAAAGACUGGAAGAACCAAGAUCAUUAUGCAGUACUUGGACUUGGCCAUGUAAGGUACAAAGCUACACAGAGACAGAUUAAAGCAGCUCAUAAAGCAAUGGUUUUAAAACAUCACCCGGACAAACGGAAAGCAGCUGGUGAACCAAUAAAAGAAGGAGAUAAUGACUACUUCACUUGCAUAACUAAAGCUUAUGAAAUGCUAUCUGAUCCAGUGAAAAGACGAGCAUUUAACAGUGUAGACCCUACUUUUGAUAACUCAGUUCCUUCUAAAAGUGAAGCAAAGGACAAUUUCUUCGAAGUGUUUUCCCCAGUGUUUGAAAGGAAUUCCAGGUGGUCAAAUAAAAAAAAUGUCCCUAAACUUGGUGAUAUGAAUUCAUCAUUUGAAGAUGUAGAUGCAUUUUAUUCUUUCUGGUAUAAUUUUGAUUCUUGGAGAGAAUUUUCUUAUUUAGAUGAAGAAGAAAAAGAAAAAGCAGAAUGCCGUGACGAAAGGAGAUGGAUUGAAAAGCAGAACAGAGCAACAAGGGCCCAAAGGAAAAAAGAAGAAAUGAACAGAAUAAGAACAUUAGUUGAUAAUGCAUAUAGCUGUGACCCAAGGAUAAAAAAAUUUAAGGAAGAGGAAAAAGCCAAGAAAGAAGCAGAAAAGAAAGCAAAAGCAGACGCAAAACGAAAGGAGCAAGAGGCUAAAGAGAAACAAAGACAAGCUGAAUUAGAAGCUGCUCGGUUAGCAAAGGAGAAAGAAGAAGAGGAAGUUAGACAACAAGCAUUAUUGGCAAAGAAGGAAAAAGAUAUCCAGAAAAAAGCCAUUAAGAAAGAAAGGCAAAAACUUCGAAACUUAUGCAAGACCUGGAAUCACUUUUCUGACAGUGAGGCAGAACGUGUUAAAAUGAUGGAAGAAGUGGAAAAACUUUGUGAUCGGCUUGAAUUAGCAAGUUUACAGUGCUUGAAUGAAACACUCACAUCUUCUACUAAAGAAGUAGGAAAGGCUGCUCUGGAGAAACAGAUAGAAGAAAUAAAUGAGCAAAUUAGAAAAGAGAAAGAGGAAGCUGAGGCUCGUAUGCGACAAGCAUCUAAGAAUGCAGAGAAGUCAGCUGGCGGAGGUGGAAACGGAAGUAAACAUUGGUCAGAAGAUGAUCUGCAAUUACUCAUUAAAGCUGUGAAUCUCUUCCCUGCUGGAACAAAUUCAAGAUGGGAAGUUAUUGCUAAUUACAUGAACAUACAUUCUUCUUCUGGAGUUAAGAGAACCGCCAAAGAUGUUAUUGGCAAAGCAAAGAGCCUUCAAAAACUUGACCCUCAUCAAAAGGAUGACAUAAACAAAAAGGCUUUUGAUAAAUUUAAGAAAGAACAUGGUGUGGUGCCUCAGGCAGACAAUGCAACACCUUCAGAACGAUUUGAAGGUCCAUGCACAGAUUUCACCCCUUGGACAACAGAAGAACAGAAGCUUUUGGAACAAGCUUUGAAAACAUACCCAGUAAAUACACCUGAAAGAUGGGAAAAAAUAGCAGAAGCAGUGCCUGGCAGGACAAAGAAGGACUGCAUGAAACGAUACAAGGAACUGGUUGAAAUGGUAAAAGCAAAGAAAGCUGCACAAGAGCAAGUGCUGAAUGCAAGUAGAGAUGGGAGUGGAACCUGUUUUAAUGAAAAAAGAAAACUAAGGACUGGAAUCUAGAUCAACCAUGUGAAAAAAAAGACCUAAGUCUUUAUUCUUUUACCAUCAAGUUGCAGCAACAUGUUUGUUUUCAGAAGAUUUUUGGCACGUGCAACUUCACUUUCAGUGACACUUGUACACAGUCGCAUCCUAAAAGCCAUUUGGAAAAAUCAAAGGUCAAGUAAUUUGAAAAUGUUACGUGUUUUAUGAGUUAAUGACCUAAAGAAAGGAUGCUAUAUUCUCUGUUACACCACAAUGUACAAUUGAUUAUGAAUUCAAUUUAGUAAAAAGUUGAAAUUACUAUCGAUCCCAACAGUUACACAAAGUUAAAAUACUACUGAUUAUUUUCCUGGUAGGGUUAAUUUCUCAAAAGUGAUAUGGUUAGCAGAGAUUCACUACAAUAUAAAAAUAGGCUGACUGCAUUUUGAGAAAUUCUACAGUCAUUUUGAAAAUUUGUGAAGCCCCAUGUGUUAGGAUCUGACUUGCUAGGGGAUAGAUAGAUCAGUGGGUCACUGGUUUCUCAAAAGAAUCUAGCUGAGUCUAAUUUAAACCUAAUAAUUAAGUUAAUGAUUACAUCUCUUUAAGUCUGGCUCAGACAGUAAAGCAUCUGCAAUGUGGUAGACCAGGGUUCAAUCCCUGGGUCAGGAAGAUCCCCUUGAGAAGGAAAUGAUAACCCACUCCAGUACUCUUGCCUGGAAAAUCUCAUGGACAGAGGAGGCUGGAAGGCUACAGUCCAUGGGAUCGCAAAGAGUUGGUCACGGCUGAGCUACUGCACGUCACUUCACAUCUAGCUAGAGCGUAAACCAUUUAAGAAUGGUGUAGGAAAGGGACCAGAGCUAAAUAACAGUUUUCCAAGAAGCCGUGGGACCUUCUGCCUGUCUCAAGUUACUAGAUUUGACUAAAACACUACAUUUCUUUUAGCAAUGGCAACUUCAGAUUCAUUUUUAACACAGCCUUUCCAAGCCAAAUAGGUUUAGAAAUAUUUCCUAAAAUUCUAGUUGGCGUUUAAACAUUUUUAAGAUCUUUCUGAAGUAAUCUGCUACUUAAUGAUUAAGAAGUUUCUAUAAUAUAAAUCAGCUUCACAUGAAACCCAGAAGAAAUGUGAUCUUUAAAACAUUGCAACAAUUGCUACUAUUGAACAGUAGUCUUGUUCUCUUAAUAAAAUGCUAUCACCAUAAAAAAUUAAUCACCGUUAACAGUGUAAAAGAAAGUAGUCUGAAUUGGUAAUUCUUAAGAUUUAAAUUAUUUUCUCACCAUUCUUUUUGAACAACAUGUAGCAUAUCUGCAACAGUGGCUGGUUCACAAACCAUAUAGAUUCCCCACAAUCCUGUAUCUGUGUAGGAAGUGUUGAAAGACUGGAAGCUAUGGCAGAGGUUGCCAUGACAGGUAAGCUGGGCCAGCUUGCUAGAUAAAUUCUGAAAGGAAAAGAAAUUGUCCAGAAGAACUGUAGGUAUACAUGUGCAAACUACCAGAAAGAAAAAUGAUGUGUAGAAAUAGUGACUGCCCAAAAAGGCUGAGUUUCUCAGUUUUAUUCAGCAAUAUCUCAAUAAAAAGCUAAAAUUCAAUGAAACUAAGAAUUAUAGUUACCUCACCAGCCCAAUGCAUCAUCCUCAGAGAAAGUCAUAAUGUUAAAAGAGUUAAUCCUUAGAAUUUGCACCCACUUCUAAAAUAAUACAUUAUCAUACUAAGUCAGAGAAAAGCAAAUAUAUUAUAUCACUUACAUAAAUGUAGAAUCUUAAAAAACAAAGAUACAAGUGAACCUAUUUACAAAAGAAACAGACUCACAGACUUUGAGUUUGGGAUUAACAUAUACACACCACUAUAUAUAAAAUAACAAGGACCUAUGCAUGCCACAGGGAACUCUUAAGUAAUACUCUGAAUGGAUUUAUACAAAUAUGUAUCACUUAGCUAUAUACCCAAAACUAACACAAUUACAUUAUAAAUCAACUACAGUAUAAAAAUUAAAACCAAAAAAAAGAAGUGACAGAUCCUGUCAGGACAGAGCUAUCCCUAAAAGUAAAAAUGGGAUGAUCUCACAUACUGUAGUUCAAGCACAUUCUCAGGAUCCCUUGGCUAAUCCAACCCAGCAUUCCACUUCUAGCACUGACUGACCUGGGAUAUGGUUAUUAAUUAAUUAUGUGUUCCAGCUUUGUUGAAUAAUCAUUUAUAAAAACCAUAUAAACCAAAAAACUGAAUAAACUAUGCCAAUUUGCUUUGCCAACAAAAAAGUUAAAAAGUUUAUUUAAGAAGUAAAAUAAUGCACUAUUACCAACGUACUUUGUAGAGCUUUUGGCAGUUUGCUUAAAAAUCUGAAAUACAGCAUGUGAACCUAA